AACAAGCAGAACACUUCAGGUCAGGGCUCACACUUUAUGUGGCCUUCAAAUUAUUAAUAAAGGAACUGAUUUGUGAUCAUUUAUUAAUAAUGGAACUGAUUUGUGAUCAAUUAUACAUAAAGGAACUGAUCUUUGUUUUGUAAAUUCUGAAACAUUGAGCAGGUUAACAAACCAAAAGACAAGUCUGCUAACUGUUACCUAACUAACUAAACUUCAUUAGAAGGAAAUGUGUAACACUUAUUCCAGUCUGUUAUACUUCCACAGACAAAAACAAAAGACCUUCAGCUUAGAAAAAUGUUGAUGCCAAGAGCAAGAUGUGUCACUGCUCAGAUUGUGGGAAGAGUUUCACUGGAAGUCAUAAUCUAAAAUAUCACGAGCGUAUCCACACAGAGGAGAGGCCAUAUUACUGUGGACAGUGUGGAAAUAGUUUUACAUGCCAGGGUCAUCUCCAGCGACACAAGCGCAUCCACACAGGAGAGAAGCCAUAUUACUGCUCCCAGUGUGGAAAUAGUUUUACUCGUCAGAGUGCUCUCCGACAACACCAGCGCAUUCACACUGGAGAGAGGCCCUAUCACUGUGGACAGUGUGAGAAGAGUUUUACUUAUCAGAGUCAUCUCCGACAACAUGAGCGCCUUCACACAGGUGUAAGGCCGUAUCACUGCGGACAGUGUGAGAAGAGUUUUACUUGUCGGAGUACUCUCCUACGACACAAACACAUUCACACAGGUGUAAGACCGUAUCACUGUGGACAGUGUGAGAAGAGUUUUACUCGUCAGAGUCAUCUCCAACGACACCAGGGCAUUCACACAGGAGUAAAGCCAUAUCACUGUUCGCAGUGUGAAAAAGGUUUUCGUGACCAGAGUGCCCUCUACAGCCACCAGCAGAGUCAUACGGGACAGAAGCCGUACCUCUGCAGACAAUGUGGACGGAGCUAUACUCAUUCAAGUUCAUUAAGGACACACAAGUGCUCUAACGUAAAGCCAUCAGAUCUUGAUCUGUGAAUUUGUCAAAUGCUCUGUUUUUGCAGCAUCCAUUUAACUACAGCAAAAUACCCUGUAUGGCCAAAAGUAUGGGGAUGCCUGACCACCACUCCCGUAUAUUUCUUUUGAACAUCCUCUGAUGGAAUGGCGUCCAAUCCAUGAUGCCUUGAGCCCAGUGUUCCUGAUAAAGUGUUCAGAUAUACUGCAACACUGACCAGGAGAACACGGUUACACUGUAAGAUCAAUGAAUGGAUUUUUGCUGUAUAUAUGUUCCUUUAAGAAGUAAGAUGAUGUUUGUAUGUCCUGCAAGUCUUAGAAUUUUUACCACAGGAUCACGAUCACAAUUGUGGAUAUACAGUGAAUGGAGCAUUGAGUUAUCAGAGGUCUGGGUUUGAUGACCCCUUCACUUUGGUAAAUUUCUUGUUUAAUAUUGUAUCAGAUUUAUACUUUUCUUAUUAAUCAACAAAAAUUCUCCAUAAUGCAAAUCAUAAACAGGUUUUCUCAUAGUUGUGUAAUUUAUUUUAAAAAAUCUGAUAUAUUUAUAAAUCUUCAGAUGUUUUGCUUUGACACUCACAGGUAAGCUCAUCAUAUCAUCAUCCUUCAUGUUUCUCCAUCUUGAAUAAAGUUUACCUGUGGAAUAUUUUGAGUUGAUUAGUCAAAUUACAUUACUAUCAGUUUAUCCAUUAAUAUACCUGUAAUGAUGCUAUUAUACUGAAUGCUGAGCAAAAUUCCACCAAAAGGAUUCUAGUAGAACAGACUAAACAUUUCAGAUAUCUCAGAAUAAAUCUGACACACUUCCUCACAUCAUUGUCACAUUCUUAGGUUUAAUACAGACCAAAGGUUUUUAAUGUUUUUUACUGGAUUGAUCUUCACAUAAUCUGUUUACUGUGCACUUUCAAUGUCUUUAGAUCACCAAGAGGAAUAUCCAUGUCUACACCAGUCUAUUCUACAGAGUGGAAAGGCCUUGCUUAUGUAGAGAGGACAGAAAAGAGACGGGAGAGGAAAUGGAUAAGAAGGAAGGUUAAGUUUGGGAAUGUUAUUAUCUCUGACUUUGAAAAAACACAAGGCAAGAAAUGAAAUAUAUAACACAGUCAGAGACAGCCCUAGAUAUAAACCUGUCAUAAAUAAUUAUAAUGUGUGUACAUGUAUGUAUUUAUUUAAUUAAUUGUUAUGCUGGGCAUAAGCCAUCAAACCUUAUUUUGACAGGCAAGUGUGUGUGUAUGUGUGCGUGUGUAUAUGUGUGUGUGUGUGUGUAUAUAUGUAUG